GUGGACAAGUGCUAGACCAAGGCUGGGUCAAGAUGGCGUCCAUAUUCCGAAGUGAGGAGAUGUGUUUGUCACAGCUCUUCCUCCAGGUUGAGGCUGCCUAUUGCUGUGUAGCUGAGCUUGGAGAGCUUGGAUUGGUUCAGUUCAAAGAUUUAAAUGUGAACGAGAGCCGCUUCCAAAGGAAGUUUGUGAAUGAAGUCAGAAGGUGUGAAUCGCUGGAGAGAAUCCUCCGUUUUCUGGAAGAUCAGAUGCAAAAUGAGAUUGAGAUUCAGGUGCCUGAGACGUCCCCGUCGACCCCUCUCCCACGGGAAAUGAUUACCCUGGAGACUGCUCUAGAAAAACUGGAAGGAGAGUUACAGGAAGCCAAUCAGAACUAUCAGGCUUUGAAGAAAAGCUUCCUAGAACUGACUGAAUUCAAACAUCUCCUGAAGAAAACCCAGGACUUCUUUGAGACGGAAACCAGUUUAGCUGAUGAUUUCUUUAUGGAAGACACUUCUGGUCUCCUGGAGUUAAGACCUACACCUGCAUACAUGAGUGGAAAGCUGGGGUUCACGGCUGGCGUGGUCAACCGGGAGAGGAUGGCUUCCUUUGAGAGGCUGCUGUGGCGAAUUUGCCGAGGAAACAUCUACUUAAAGUUCAGUGAGAUGGACACAGUUCUGGAAGAUCCCGUUACAAGAGAAGAAAUUAAAAAGAAUAUAUUCAUCAUAUUUUAUCAAGGAGAGCAGCUCAGGCAGAAAAUCAAGAAGAUUUGUGAUGGGUUUCGAGCCACCAUAUACCCCUGCCCAGAGCCGGCGUCGGAGCGCAGAGAGAUGCUGGAUGGUGUCAACAUGAGGCUGGAAGACUUAAUCACUGUCAUAACACAGACAGAGUCUCACCGUCAGCACCUCCUGCAAGAAGCAGCUGCCAACUGGCACUCCUGGGUCAUCAAAGUGCACAAGAUGAAGGCCAUUUACCACAUUCUCAACAUGUGCAACAUCGACGUCACCCAGCAGUGCAUCAUCGCUGAGAUCUGGUUCCCGGUGGCCGACGCUGUGCGCAUCAGGAGGGCAUUGGAGCAAGGCAUGGAACUAAGUGGCUCCUCUAUGGUCCCCAUCAUGACAGCAGUGCAAUCUAAAACAGCUCCUCCCACAUUUAACAGGACCAAUAAAUUCACAGCUGGCUUCCAGAAUAUUGUAGAUGCAUAUGGUGUAGGCAGUUACCGGGAGAUGAACCCAGCUCCAUACACCAUCAUCACUUUCCCCUUCCUGUUCGCUGUGAUGUUUGGAGACUGCGGUCACGGAAUUGUGAUGCUACUGGCAGCCCUUUGGAUGGUCCUUAACGAGAGACGCUUGCUGUCCCAGAAGACCACCAAUGAGAUUUGGAACACCUUCUUCCACGGACGCUACCUCAUCCUCCUCAUGGGUAUCUUCUCCAUCUACACGGGCUUGAUUUACAACGACUGCUUCUCCAAGUCUUUUAACAUCUUCGGCUCUUCCUGGAGCGUCCAGCCCAUGUUCAGAAAUGGCACAUGGAAUACACAAGUAAUGGAAACAAAUCCAAAUUUACAGCUGGACCCAGCCGUUCCGGGAGUGUACUCUGGAAAUCCAUACCCUUUUGGGAUUGAUCCGAUUUGGAACUUGGCUUCAAACAAGCUAACAUUCUUGAACUCCUAUAAGAUGAAGAUGUCAGUUAUCCUGGGAAUUGUCCAGAUGGUUUUUGGUGUCACUCUCAGCCUUUUCAAUCACAUAUUCUUCAGAAACACUCUCAACAUCAUUCUGCAGUUCAUCCCCGAGAUGAUUUUUAUCCUGUGUCUUUUCGGAUACCUGGUUUUCAUGAUCAUUUUCAAAUGGUGCUCCUUCGACGUCUCCGUGUCCCGGCGAGCCCCAAGCAUCCUCAUCCACUUCAUCAACAUGUUCCUGUUUAACUAUAAUGACCCUUCGAAUGCACCCCUAUACAAACAUCAGCAAGAAGUCCAAAGCUUCUUCGUUAUUAUGGCUUUGAUUUCUGUGCCGUGGAUGCUUCUGAUUAAGCCGUUUAUUCUUAGAGCCAGUCAUCAGAAAUCCCAGCUACAGGCCUCCAGGAUGCAAGAAGAUGCCACCGAGGACAUCGAAGGUGACAGCUCCAAUCCUUCCGUGAGCCCUGGUCACAGGGCUUCUGCAGGUGCCCAUGGGGCUCAGGAUGACCAUGAUGAAGAGUUCAGCUUUGGAGACAUCUUUGUGCAUCAGGCCAUCCACACGAUUGAGUACUGCCUGGGCUGCAUUUCCAACACAGCCUCCUACCUCCGGCUCUGGGCCCUCAGCCUGGCACACGCACAACUGUCUGAAGUGCUCUGGACCAUGGUGAUGAACAUUGGCCUUCGCAUGCAAGGCUGGGGGGGACUCAUUGGCGUCUUCCUCAUUUUUGCCAUAUUUGCCGUUCUGACGGUAGCCAUCCUUCUGAUCAUGGAGGGCCUCUCCGCUUUCCUGCAUGCCCUGCGGCUGCACUGGGUGGAGUUCCAGAACAAGUUCUACGUCGGGGCUGGUUACAAGUUUUCUCCAUUCUCCUUUAAACAAAUCCUGGAUGGGACAGCUGAGCAGUAG